CGGCUGGCCAGUGGCCGAGGGUGAGGCUGGCGGGGGUACGCCGAUCGCGGAGGAGGCGUGUGAUGCCGGGACCGUGGGAAGGUAUUUCGUGUGCACAUCCACAGUGGUUAUGAGUGUGGGUCACUCUGUGACUGAAAUGGAGUGCUUGAGAAACUGGGAGCAUAACUGUCUAGUCGGGUGGGUGGUCUCCAGCUCUAAUUGACUGGGAGCUAGAAAUGGGAAGAGAAGUCAGGGAAAAGAAGAGGUUAACAUGACUGGUACCAUUAUAAUUUCGUGAACUGCCCUUUUUCUAAAGAGAAGCCCAAAGGAGGACUGGUCACCUCUUGCAUAUCUUAAAACCAUGGCUCAGAGCCACUGGGUGGGUUUGAAUCACCAGCCUUUCGGAGUGCAGCUGAGCACUUAAAUCAUUGCACCACCAGGGCUCCUUAGGGAAAUGCAAAUCAAAACGGUAUGAGAUACCACUUCGCACCCACUAGGAUGGCCAAUAUCAGGAAAAAGGAACAGGGUCACCGUUCCAAUCCAUUACAGGGAUCAGUGUCAUUCAAAGACGUGACUGUAAACUUCACCCGGGAGGAGUGGCAACACCUGGAUCCUGCUCAGAAGACUCUGUACAUGGACGUGAUGUUGGAAAACUAUUGCCACCUUGUCUCUGUGGGGUGUCACAUGACCAAGCCCGAUGUGAUCCUCAAGUUGGAGCGAGGAGAAGAGCCAUGGACAUCAUUUGCGGGUCAUACCUACUUAGAAGAAAGCUGGAAAGCUGAAGACUUCUUAAUGAAAUCAAAGGAACACCAAGAUAAAUAUUCUAGAUCAGUUGUAUUCAUCAACCACAAAAAACUGAUUAAGGAGAAAGGUAAUAUAUACAAAAAGACAUUUACUCUAGGCAAAAACUCUGUUAAUUCAAAAAAUCUACCUUCUGAGUAUGGUACUCAUGGAACAAUUUUUAAAAAUGUUUCAGAAUUAAUCAUCAAUAAUCUAAGCCCUGCAAAAAAGAGACUUGGUGAAUGUAAUGGAUAUGGGAAAUCAUUCCUCAAUACUAAGCAAGAGACAGCUCACCCUGGAGUCAAAUCCCAUAAUCAAAGUGGGAAAGCUGUCAGUCAUAAUGAAGUGCUUAUUCAGUAUCAGAAGAUGGAAACUCCAGCACAGCCACCUGUAUAUAAUGAACGUGAGAAAUUUUUCCUUAAAAAGGGAGGCUUAAUUACACAUAAUGGAGCUUACAGAGGGGCAAACCCAUCUGAAUACAGUAAAAGGAGACGAGCAACCAAUAUUGAAAAAAAACACAUGUGCACUGAAUGUGGGAAAUCCUUCUGCAGGAAGUCAGUAUUGAUUCUGCAUCAGGGAAUUCACACAGAGGAAAAACCCUACCAAUGUCAUCAUUGUGGAAAUGCAUUUAGAAGAAAGUCAUAUCUCAUUGAUCAUCAGAGAACUCACACCGGAGAGAAACCCUUUGUUUGUAAUGAAUGUGGUAAGUCCUUCCGCCUAAAGACAGCCCUCACUGAUCAUCAAAGAACACAUACAGGGGAGAAAUCAUACGAAUGUUCAGAAUGUAGGAAUGCCUUCAGGUUGAAGUCACACCUCAUUCGUCAUCAGAGAACUCACACGGGAGAGAAACCAUAUGAAUGCAAUGAAUGUGGGAAGUCCUUCCGCCAGAAGACAACUCUCUCUCUACACCAGAGAAUUCAUACAGGGGAGAAACCCUAUAUUUGUAAAGAAUGUGGGAAGUCUUUCCAUCAGAAGGCAAACCUUACUGUACACCAAAGAACUCAUACAGGGGAGAAGCCUUAUAUUUGUAAUGAAUGUGGGAAGUCCUUCUCCCAGAAGACGACCCUUGCUCUUCAUGAGAAAACUCAUAAUGAGGAGAAACCCUAUAUUUGUAAUGAAUGUGGGAAGUCCUUCCGCCAGAAAACAACCCUAGUAGCACAUCAGAGAACACAUACAGGGGAAAAAUCCUAUGAAUGUCCUCACUGUGGGAAGGCCUUUAGAAUGAAGUCAUACCUCAUUGAUCAUCACAGAACUCACACGGGAGAAAAACCAUACGAAUGUAACGAAUGUGGGAAAUCCUUCAGUCAGAAGACAAAUCUCAAUCUACAUCAGAGAAUUCAUACAGGGGAGAAACCCUAUAUUUGUAGUGAAUGUGGAAAGUCCUUUCGCCAGAAAGCAACCCUCACUGUGCAUCAGAAAAUACAUACAGGGCAGAAAUCCUAUGAAUGUUCUCAGUGUGGGAAAGCCUUUAGCAGGAAGUCAUAUCUCAUUCAUCAUCAAAGAACUCAUACAGGGGAGAAACCAUAUAAAUGUAAUGAAUGUGGGAAGUGUUUUCGCCAGAAGACAAAUCUCAUUGUACAUCAAAGAACUCACACAGGGGAGAAACCGUAUAUUUGUAAUGAGUGUGGUAAAUCCUUCAGUUACAAGAGAAACCUCAUGGCUCAUCAGAGAACUCACAAGGGAGAAAACAUGGAAUGCAAUAAAUAAUGUGAUUUCUUUGUGCAGCCUUUCCAAAUCAUUGUAAACUUUUUAGUUAAAAAAAAAAUGCUUAAACAUGUUAACAAUUUUAAUCACAAGUGAAAUAACUCAUCAAUUUAAUCAUGUUUUGCUUACUAGCAUACAAAAGGGGUAUAAUUAUUGUUACUGAACUCUAUCAGCAGUGAAGCUAUUUGAAAAAAAUUUUUACUGAAUCAGUUUACUAAAACAUACAUAUAUGUGUGUGCAUGUGUAUGUAUAUAUACAUACACACACAUACAUGCAGUGGCAAGAUAUAGGUAUAAGCACCAGUCUCCAUAAGGGAAAGAAAAUAUAAGCUGUAUUUCUUAUUGAACUCUGGAAUAAAAAGUAGUUGUUACUUCCCCAAAGAUAACCAUUUCCCUGACUUAUACCAUAAAGUAGUUUUUGCAUAUUUUAAUUUUUAUCAUACAUCAUGAAUUCUUCUGUGUCUUUGUUUCACUCAACAUCAUUUUUAAGAUUCAUACAUUACUGCAUAUGGCAGUAGCGUAUUUUCAUUCUGUAUACUAUUCCAUUUUAAGAAUACACUAUUCUGUUGGGGGACAUUUGUAUAUUUUUUUUAAUUUUUGUGUUAUAAUAAAAACACUGCUACAUGUA